CACGCCUUUGUCUCCGUAUAGCUUGUAGGAGGUUCGAAAGCUCUCAUUCCCUAGGAGAGAGACACAUUUCCUGCCUGCCACAAUGUCAGAGUCAUUCUAUACCUCACCCCCAGCUGGGACAGUGCCGCCUGGCGUACCAAUCUCGCCACCGCUUCCGACAUCACCGACCGGCACCGUUGGUGCACCACCUCCCCCUCCACCGCCAAAACCCAUAUCUCAUCUCUCUCAAAGCGCCGACCCCAGCCGGUCUGCAACACCAAUUCUUUCGUCGGCUUCCGUUACAAACCCUGCUCCAGCUGUGCCCAGCAAAGUAGACUCUCCGCGUCCGCAACCACCACUCCCAAUUGAACGACACCCGACAGGCUCUCCCAUUCCCGGCCUCCAGUCACAACAAUCGAUUCCACCUCAAGAGCCCUACCAACCGAUUCCGCCGCCGUCCAUCCCUGAACGCUGGCUCCCAACUAACGUCUCCAACAAGCCUCUAAAUGAGCUCCAACCGCUGCUCAAUAAUCCCUCCCUGGUGGCCAGCCUAGCCUCCCAACACCCGUCCUACCGCUCCUCGCUCAUCCCUUUGGAAAGGGCCAUCCAGCAAAACGUUCAGCUCGCUCAGCAAGUUGCUCAUCUUGAGAGUCAACUCCGUGCCUUACGCGAUGACACUGCUCAGUUGCUCCUAAACCAUACGAGCCUGCAGACCCAGUGGCGCCGGAAACAAACAGAGAUGGAUGAUGCUUUAGCGCCUUGGGGCCCGAGACAGAUGUAUCAGCGGCUAGUCUCGAGCAUAAAUGAGCAGGAAGCGGUUUUAAAAGCUAUGCAAGAGAGCUUCCUUGAGGGUGGCACUGAUGACGACGCCUACCACGGAGGUACCAAGGAUGGCAAAGCAAGUGAGAAGGAAGUCACUGAGUGGGUACGGAGGAUAAGAGAAGGCGCAACGACAUUAGAAAAGAGAAGAGAGAUGCGAGCACGGUGGGAUGAAGGAAGAGUAGGCGGUUGGAGGUGAUGAUCACUUCUCAUCCCUAACAAUAAUACCCAACGACUAUGUCAUGUGGGACAAUCCUACCCGGCCUUCCAUCUAACGCCUCACACGUCGACAACGUGUUGAAAUCAGGCUUUACAGACCAAAGGCCAACCCAAGGCACACUACCGCACCAACAAUGCUCGAUCCUAGUGCCAGUCUCACGUCGCUGGUGGUCGUACCACUUCCUUGUCCGGUCUGAGCGUUUUUCCCAUACGCGGUUCGAGACGCCGAUGCAGCGUAGCUUGAUUCAACUGCAGCAUGGCGAGACAUUGAUACAGCCAGCCUUGAUUGCUCCCAGGCGCUGGUCUGCAAUUGUCCAUCCCUCUCUUCGCUUGCCCACUUGGACUUCUCCGAGGCAGCCCUGGACAUUCUUCUGGCGGAGUCUGACUCCGAAGCGGCGGCUCGAGAGACGGAAGCGAUGAGAUCCUUGUAACCCUGAAUAGAUGCUACCCAGCUGUCAAGGCUUUGUCUUUCUGGGUCAUUUGUUGGUUCAUUGAUGGCAUAACCGGUCAUGGUGGGCGGAGGGGUAAUGGUGGCAUAAUAAUUGGUAACGCUUGCAGGCAGUCGGGCAUACCACUGCGGCACCGAACCGCCAGAGAAUUCAUUGGCCAGAGACUCGGCAGCAUCAGGAUCGUUGAGCAUGGCGUCCUUGACUUCGGCCGGCAUGGCAGCCUGGAUCUCAUCACUGAUCCUUGCGUCUUGUCGGGCCUGGAGAUGAUGUUCAUCAACGGCGUUUGAGCCGAACAUGGCGGGCUGCUUCAACUCAAUGCUAAACUUGGAAUCCGCGUUGUUUGGUGAUCGGAGAUAGAGCUCAGGGUCGAAGGGUGAACCGCCGCCGUCCUGGCGAGCCUGCAAUUCGAUCUCAGGCAGACAGUCCUCAAAGGUGAUGACACACUGCGCACCAAGGACACACUCCCCGGAGUCUGCAUCCGCAGCGCAGGCAAGGAAGUUGAUUGAGUCUUCACAGUACUCGCCACUGAUGGCGAAGCACCCCUUGUCCGUGUUCGGUGCCCUCUUUCGAAGCUCAGCAGGGAAGUUUGGAAAGGCUAGGAUGUUCUGGAUGGGAAGGGGACUGCGAGUUUGGCUGUUCGACUUUGAAUCCCGUGGUAUUAGCUUCAGGCCAUCACCGACACGUUUGCUCCCCUUGUCGGAGAACAAUGACGCGGUGCCGCAAGCCAGGAUGGCAGCGAGGAAGACAGCUUUGCUCUGCAUCUUGAGUCUUGAGUGCCGGGCUGAGGAGCAGCUGCGUGAUUGGAAGGAAGACUUAGGGUCUGGAUGGAGUGGGUUGGAGAGGUAGAGACAGAGUGAACGAAUACAGCUGCUAAGAGUUGACGGCACGAGCCCAGCUCAAGAUUCGAUGCUUGGAAAGUGAAUGAAGUUGGGAUGGAAACAAUGUGGAGGAGAGGAAGACUGCAGAGACAUAACGCAGGCUUAAAAGAGAGUCGAACAGGUGGGAGGCUCCUUCCUGUUCACCGUGCUCCUUCCUGGCCUUGAAUGCUGGGACGUCAUCGUGAGCAGCGGCCGUGAACAAGCAGCUACAAAAGGUCGAGGCAGGCAUGAAGCUACAGAGAGUGAGAACUUGGGCAUAUUGAGCUGAAUUGAUAGAAGUGAUGGACUUGAUGCGCAGUGCUACGGCCCUUAGAAUUCUCCUACGUAUAUAGGAACGCUUCCACCGAGACCGAGUG